AGCGGGGGAGGAGAGGGAGGGAGUUUUGGAGCCCUCGGCCCUUUCUCCUCUCCCUUCUUCUUCUCUCUGUCCAUUCUUUGGUGACCCCUUAAAUUGUGAGCUACGGGUUCCCCCUGGACUGGCAAAUGGGGGGGGGGGGGGGUGGAUGGAGAGUUGGUGAGAAGCGGCGGAGGUGUCCAAAGACGUUUAGAACAGGUGACAGCUGAAAGACUCGGUGAUGGCAGAUGUAAAACACGACCCCUGGCAGCGGCACUCCGUGACCAACUACAAUAAUGUGGUGGAGGCUAGCACAGACUCAGACGAUGAGGACAAGUUGCACAUCGUGGAGGAGGAAGGCAGCCUGGCGGACGGGGCGGACUGUGACAGCACCCUACCAGACGACGAGCACCCCAGGGAGCACUGGGACCGAGUGAAAGAAGACUGCGUGUCAGACGGCGAGGAUGACGUGAGCACGGACGCCUUGGUGGAGGAGAUGCUUCAGCAAGGCGACACGGCCGUCAUUUACCCAGAAGCCCCGGAGGAGGAGCUGCAACGCCACGGCACCCCCGACGCCAGCAUUCACGAUGAAAACGGAACUCCCGAUUCCUUCUCUCAGCUGCUCACCUGUCCCUACUGUUCGCGGGGCUACAAACGUUACAGCUCCCUGAAGGAGCACAUCAAGUAUCGGCACGAGAAGACCGAAGAAUGCUUCAGCUGCCCCGAGUGCAGCUACACUUUUGCACAUCGCGCACAACUGGAGAGACACAUGACGGCCCACAAGCCGGGAAGGGAUCAGAGACACAUCACACAGUCGGGAGGCAAUCGCAAAUUCAAGUGCACUGAAUGUGGCAAAGCGUUUAAAUAUAAGCACCAUCUCAAGGAGCACCUACGCAUUCACAGUGGAGAAAAACCCUACGAGUGCUCCAACUGCAAGAAGCGGUUCUCCCAUUCAGGCUCCUACAGUUCGCACAUCAGCAGCAAGAAGUGCAUCAGCCUCAUCGCGGUCAACGGCAGACAGCGAGUGGGCAACAACAAAGCCCAGACCCAGGCUCAGACUCCAAUCCUUCCCACGUCGCCCUCCGUCCUGCGCACGCAGAUUCGAGAGAAGCUGGAGCACAGCAAGCCCCUCCAGGAGCAGCUGCCCCUGAACCAGAUCAAAAGCGAGCCUAUGGACUAUGAAUACAAACCCACGGUGAUGACCUCACCAGCUCUGGCUAGCGUGAACGGCGGCGUUUACAGCGGAGGGGCUGCGGCACCUCUGCAGGGCACGGUGCAAGCUGUCGUCCUGCCCAACGUGGGACUGGUGUCGCCCAUCAGCAUCAAUAUAGCGGACCUGCAGAACGCCCUCAAAGUGGCCGUGGACGGGAACGUUAUUCGGCAAGUCCUGGAGAGCAACGCCAAAGGCCAGGGUCAGGCCAGUUUGGGGUUAACCACUGGAACGCUCCACCCCUCCCAGCAGCAGCUCAUCUCAGCCAUCACUUUGCCUAUCGUGGGCCAGGACGGAAACGCAAAAAUCAUCAUCAACUACAAUUUGGACCCCAACCAGGGCCAGCUCACGGCGCAAAACCUUAAGAAAGAGCACGAGCCCUUCUCGGCGGCUCCGCCAACCGCAGAGUCUUUCAAGUGUCAGAAACUCCCUGAAGAUCUGACCAUCAGGAACACGAGGGCCACUGAUCCAAAAGAAGAGGAUAAAACCACUAAAACUUGUCUCCUGUGUGAUAAUUGUCCCGCCGGAAUAGACGGACUGCACGGCCUCAAACACUGCAAGAAAGAAAGUCUCAGACUCAAUGGGGACUCCGCAGUUGCUGCCCUGCUGUCAGAGGGAGGACUUUCCAACCAGCCCAAGAACCUCUUGUCCCUGCUCAAGGCCUACUUUGCCUUAAACGCGGAGCCCACCAAGGAAGAGCUGGCCAAGAUCUCCGACUCGGUCAGCCUACCAACUCAUGUGGUCAAAAAGUGGUUUGACAAAAUGCAGGAGGGCCAAAUAUCACUGGGUGCGCCAACGCCCCCUUCGGAGGAGGAGGAGGAUGCUUGCGAUACCAACAGCGUGGUCUCGCUGAUCCAAGGGAAGGCCUCCAUGAGUCCUUCUGCGACUCAGGACAGUCCAACAGAAGCAACCCCGGCGGAGGUCAACGGCAGCCACAGCUCCCCGGCCUCUCCUCUACCACUCAACCUUCGAGGCGAUGGUCUCCUCCAAGACUGGCCCCCUCACAGCACCGAUGCACCGCUCGACCUGUCCCUGCCAAAGCCCGACAAAGAGGAAACGGAGGCCGCGGUUGUCAAAGCCCGCAAUCGCCCCUCGCCUUCCUCCGUCUGCACCAAUCCGGUUGAACCUUUGAACUUAACUUGCACAAAGAAAGAGGCUUCGCCACUCUCACGUGUGGGCUCCAGCCCCAUCGCACUGUACGCCAGCCCGCCAAGUGCCAACCCCCUCAAUAUUGUGACCACUCAACUCCCCACGCUGGUGGCCAUCGGUGACCAGAGCCGCAUGCAAUGUCUAAGGGCGCUCACCACCAACAACAAACAGACUAUCCUGAUCCCUCAGCUGGCGUACACCUAUACCACUACGGCUAACAGCCCUGCUGGAACCGAAACGCAGGAAACCAUCCACCUUAACGGGAUUAAGGAAGAGAAGCAGGACACAAGCUCGGAGGGCAUGUCCGCCGUGGAAGAACACAACGACUCCGAUUCGGGCCCGCUCCGGAAGAAGAUGAAGAAGACGGACAGCGGCAUGUACGCCUGCGACCUGUGCGACAAGAUCUUCCAGAAGAGCAGCUCGCUGCUCAGACACAAAUACGAGCACACAGGGAAACGACCACAUGAGUGCAGCAUUUGCACCAAGGCGUUCAAACACAAACACCACUUAAUCGAGCACACGCGCCUCCACUCGGGGGAGAAACCCUACCAGUGCGACAAGUGCGGCAAACGCUUCUCCCACUCGGGCUCGUACUCCCAGCACAUGAACCAUCGCUACUCCUACUGCAAGAAGGAGUCUCAGAGCCAAGGCGGAGGCCGGGACAGCCCGGAGGAGGACGCGCUGAGCCGGGUGCGGGGCUCGCACCUCGCUCCCUUCCAGAUGGACUCGGACGAGCGAGGGAGCAGCACCAGAGAGGACGAGGAAAGCGAAGAGUUUGAGGAGGAGGAAGAGGAAGGCGCGGUGGACAUGGGCGAUAUCCAGGUGGUGCAGAUUGGGGACGAAGGAGGGGACGACGGCGACGAGGCGGAGGAGAAGGUGGCCGAGGCGCAGGAGGACGCCGACACGAGACAAGAAGGCGCCGCCGAGGGAGACGGGGCGACGGCAGCGCCGCGGGAAGAAGAGGAGGUCACGAGAGAGAGCGGGGGAGACGCGGACGCGGCUUGCGAAGACGACGAGAGGCGGGAAAAAGGAGACGGCGACUAAAAGACGGGAGGAGCCGUCGAGACUCCCGCUCGCUCGCUUCAGUUCACUACUGUGUCCAAAUCCAGGUGUGCCUGAAAAUUGAAACAGAGGAAAAUACUCGUGACUUUUCCGCAGGAAGAAAAAGAUUUCUCAAGUCCAUUUGUAAAGAGAAAAAAAAAAUGAAGAAUGCAAAUUUUACGAAAGGAAGGAAAUGCAUUAUACAGACUUUGGAAGCUAGAGCCGACAAGUUUUAGAUCACGUUUGAUUACUAAAACACCGUGGUUCAUUUCUUUUUGUCAGUGUUACUAAUUUUGCCACUCGUAUGUUAACCCUUAAAUGCUGUACAGCUGGGAGAUAUUUCUAUACCUUUGUAAUGCCAAUGAACAGAAAAAAAAGUCAGUAUUUUAUUAAGUUGGAAGGAAAAUCCUGUGCACUACAAGUGGCCUGGUUUACGUGAGGAUGGGGCAGUUCGGUUGUGUUUUCUACCCAUCAGUAUUAGCGCCCCGAGAGAUGCAGACGCCGCCGCUACCACGUCACACUUAUUUUUUUGGGUUGUGCUGUUCAUUCGGAUCGGAUCGCGAGCCUUAAGAAUCAAAAUCGGCCAGAGGACGGGUCUUUACAGCCAUUUGUUUGGUUCCCCCCCCCCUCCCCCACCUCCAGGUGACUUUCAUUUCUUGUAGAAUACAAUUUUUUUGGACGUUUUGGGACAAAAGCCGAUUCACUCUCUCAAAAUUUGUGGAGCCGCAGGUCAAUGGAAGACGUGAAUACACAUUCAAUCCAGAAAAGUCGAAGAACCAGUGCAGAAUUUUUAUUUGUUGUUCAAAGUUUUUAAAUAGGUUCUACGGCGCCAACUGAAAUAAAGUUCAAUGAAGCCAUGGAACAUUUUUGGGAAGGGAAAAAGCAAACGAAUAAAGUGAUAAUUACCAGAAUGAAAUACAAAUAAUAUGAUAAUAACAUUGAAAUAUCAUGAAGUCUUAUCUUGUUAAAUGAUGUAUUAGUCUCAAUCAUGUUAACAAUUAUGCUCCUGCGAAAGAAUAAAUUGCGAAAGAAUUUUUUUUUUUUUAGAUCAAUGUGAUCCUGGUACUCUUUUCGUACCAGAGAUCCGCAGAAUUAUUAUUUUUUUUUUCAGUACAGUGACAAAAUACAAGCCGAUGGUCCGCAUGCAUUUGCGACUGAAUGUUUUGCCAUAACAAUUAUAAGGAUGUAAAUUAUAUUUUAUGAUAAUACGCUAGUUAGUCUCCAGGACAAUCAGAUGUUUAACAAUACAUAUUUAAUGUGUAGACAGACGCGGAUGUCUCAAAAAGAUGGAACAAGAUGCGUUUUUCCUGCUACUGUGAGUCUUUGACUUUCUUUUCUACAAAUCCGCAUGGACGAGAGAGUGAAUGGGCAUUUUCCCCAAAAUGUGAUCUAAAUGUUUCAAAGCUAGCAAAAAAGCUUUUUUUAAAAAAUAAAAAAAAAAAGCCAACUCCACACCUGAGCCUUAUGCAAAAAGAGAACAGUGAAAAGAGAACGAUGCAUCUGAAAAGUGCCAUUAUGCUAUGGAAGCUUAGCAGCUAAGAUCAGGUAUUAGCAGGUUCCAGAUCAGCCGGUCAACGGAGUUCCACGUCACAUUUUACAACUGUCGCAUCAUUUUCGGAAAGGUAUUUGCAAUUGGAACCGGAGUCGGCACGCGUGACUUCGAAUUGUGAGCAGUCUUCUGAAAGCUUGUUCCGUGCACUUGUUUAAAAAUGAUCAAAUGUCUCUUCAGGUAUUGUAGGCCAAUUCCAGGACUUUAAAUUCAACAUUUCAGUAUUCUCUUUGGACUUUUUUUCUCCGUUUUUUUUUCCAGUUCCUGCGUUUGUACUGUAUGUUCAGCAUUUGCAGUAUUAUUUUGCCCCUUCCCCAAAAAGAGAUGGGUUUGUCUGUUUAGUCAUAGAGAACUUUUAUAUUUAUGUGUCUUAUUUUUUUAUAUUUCUUUAUGGUUUAUUUAUUACACUACGUAGUGUACAAUACUGUAGUUUGUAUUAAUACGAUAAUAUAUUUUAGUAUGGGAUUUAAAAAAAAAAAUUCAAAAGGCAACAUAACCACAAGCUUGAAACAAAUGAGACUCCGGCAUACUGAAGUAUGUUUUUUGUUUUUUUUUU